GAAAAUGCAGUAAUGUGAUGUAUUUAAGAAAAAAUCAAAAUCCAAAGGAAUUGAAAAAGAGCGCGGCGUUUGGUCAUGGGCUGCUUCUACUUCUCCUCCCCCACGCUGCUUAUUUUUCCUUUCUGCUUCUUCGUAAUCUUCGCUGCUUCACUUGCCAAUGACCAUACUACCCCUCCCACGCUCAAAGGUAUUGAUAUUGAGAGGCCAGUUUUGGAUGUAUCGCCUUCUAUGCUUUCGGAGCAUUCUACUACUCACGGUGCUAAAAACAUUUUGCAAUGUGAGCGUAUUCAAGUUUCUGGUAUCUCAAGAUUGAAACUCGGGAGCUAUGCUAAUUCAUUCCAUAUUACAUUGGCUCCCUCCGUUGCUAUACCAGAGAGAUUACAUAACAAAAUUCUGGUUUGUUUCCAUAGGAAUAAUACUCUUGGAUGGUGUCAGUGUGAAAAGGAUGAUUGGAGGGGUGUGCAAAAGGGGAUAUGGAGUGCAGUUAUGUCACCUUAUGAAACUAGAUAUGUUGAUGUCAAGAUUGAUGGUGAAAUAUCGGGUUCAGUUACAGUUGCACUUGAACAAGAUUUUCAGCAAUGGCGCCUCAUUUGUCUUCCCAUUGGAUUGACACUGCUGCUGUUGGCUCCAAUUAUUAGCAGCUGGGUUCCUUUUUAUUAUAGCAGUUCAAUGGUUAUAGGUGUCUUUCUCGUCAUUAUAAUACUUCUUUUUCAGGGCAUGAAAUUAUUGCCAACUGGAAGAAAAAAUAUAUUUUACCUUACCAUAUAUGGAUCAGUGCUUGGAGCUGGUUCAUUCCUUUUGCACCAAUUCUCUAUGAUCGUAAAUUCAAUUCUUCAGAGUUUUGGGAUGAGUGAAGAGAUGCACAACCCAGUUGCUCUUUUUGUACUACUGGGUAUCAUAUUGGCUGGAGCUGCUUUAGGCUACUGGAUUGUCAGGAAAUUUGUUAUUUCAAAAGAAGAUGGUAGUGUGGAUGCUGGGGUCGCUCAGUUUGUGAAAUGGGCAAUGCGCAUUAUUGGAACUACCUUUAUUUUGCAGAGCACUCUUGAUACUCCUCUUGCAUUCGGAGCCUUGGUCUCUUGUGGAGCUGUAUGCAAACUUAUUUCUUCAAUAAAAUUGCUUCAUGGAUGGUAUGAAACUUCAGGGAAUGAUAAUUAUUCACUAGAAUGGAGGAGAGGAACUCGUGGCCGUGCUGAAUUUCUUAGCAAGUCAACUCCUAAAGGAAAAAUGUGGAAUAACCCUAAAGGUAGCUCUAAAGGAAAACUGUGGAGCAGCCCUAAAAGGACAUCAUGGUCUGACUCUCCUGUGAGAGGUGUUGUAUCACCAUCUUCUGGUUUUUUAUCACCACAAGCUUCUGGGACUCAAUUAGGGAUGAAUUAUUAUUCAACCUUCCACAAGACCAACGACAGAAAGAAGUUCACUAAGGAAGAAUGGGACGAUUUCACUAGAGACUCCACCAAGCAAGCUUUAGCUGAAUGGGCAGCAUCUCCAGAAUUCACUGAUUGGAUCAUUGAGCACGCAGAUCGGAUAAAACUGCUUCCAAGUGAGACCUCGGAAGAGACAAUGGGGAGUGAAUCGGAUUCCACGGAGGCAGGAAGUGGAAAUGGAUUUAGGCUUUUUAGUUGGCUGUGAGCUGAGUAAUAAAUAAGAAUGUACUAACCAGCAGAAAUUGUUUUUUCAGAGUUAGAGAACAGUAACAAGAGUGUAAUUUAGGUAGGUAUUUAAGUUGGCUUAUUCUAACCAGCAUGUAGAUAGUUUUAAUAGUUUUCCUGAAUUUGCCAAAUUGCACAAGCCCGCGCAAUCUUGUCGUUUGUUUGAUCCUUUUUGUUACUUCUCUUGUACUACACGAGCUGCAUGAGGAUAAGAAAGCUCCUUCUCAAUUUAAUUAAUUUUAACAAAUUUAAAUUUACAA